AUGCCCAAGCCUAGAACAAGACGUGGCGCUGGUCGCGAGGAGAAGAAGCGAAAGAGAAUCGAAGAAACUGAACAACAGCACGAGAUUUACGAGAGCGAGAACAAGCGACAGCGCACGUUCGAAGACAACGACAACAUCGAUAGUUUUGCCCACCAAGAUGGCCAGGAUCCUCAGCAGAAUGGCAUUGGCGAGACGGAGUUCUUCGGAAUGCUUGCAGAAGAAGAGCAAGAAUACUUCCGUCGUGCGGACGAACUGUUAGAGCUCAAUCAGUUUCCAUCAAGCGAGGACCGCGACAUCUUUCUGGAAAACGUCUGGAAGGAGGCCGAGGGCAAGGAGCUCAAACUAGCCAGUAGUCAGUCCUGCUCGCGAUUGAUGGAGCGUCUCAUACAACUGUCGAAUACAGCGCAAAAGAAGCGUUUGUUUGAAGCUUUCGGUGGGCACUUCCUCUCAUUGGUACAGCACCGAUUCGCGAGCCAUUGUUGUGAGGCGCUCUUCUUGCGAUCUGCUGGUGUGGUAUCACAAGAGCUUUCUGGAUAUGUGCUUGAUACCAAGGGCGCCGAUGUUGACAUGCACAAGCCCGAGGCGUCCAUGGAGAAUCUUUUUCUGGCUACGCUUGACGAGCUCGAAGGCGCUCUAUCAUACCUCAUCACCGAUCGAUUCGCAUCACACACUCUGCGCGUGCUAUUAUUGGUCUUGGCUGGCCGACCCUUGGAGGAUGCAUCGGUGCGAAGUCUCGUGAAGAGUAAGAAGAAGGAGAAAAUCUCAGUCGCGGGAGGUUCAGCAACAGAUGAGGCGAAUCAAGGGUUGAGGGCAGUACCCGAAUCGUUUUCAAUGGCAGCAAAAAAAAUCAUCCAAGACUCAACGGCAGGAAUGGAUGCUACCGCCUUGCGAGUGCUUGCUAGACAUCCUAUCGGAAAUCCUACACUUCAGCUUCUCCUUGAGCUUGACCUGACACUCAACAAGACCGAGCAAAAGGCUGAGUCUGAACAGCCAACUCUACUAUUCCAGCUAUUACCUGGCGCUCCAAAGUCUUUAAGCGACGGCUCAUCAGAAGCAUCCGAAUUUAUCAACGGUAUGAUCUACGACCAGAUCGGAUCACGACUUAUAGAGACACUCAUCACACACUGCCCUGGCAAAGUGUUCAAAGCUCUCAACCAGAACAUCUUUCUCCCUAGAAUAGAGGGUUACGUCCGAAAUGAUGUUUCCUGUUACGCUGCUAUACGAGUGCUGAAUCGCCUCAGCAAAGAUGACCUGGUGCAGGCCGUUGAGAAGAUCACGCCGAACGUGCCUCAGCUGGUCGCGAAGUCCAGGCUCAAUGUUCUCAAGACGCUAUUUGAGAGAUGUAAUGCCCGUGGUGCCAACGACGAGAUUAAGAAACUCAACAAGGGGCUUAAGGAGGGAUGUGGAAACACACCGGCUGACCUGGUCAUUUUUCUAUGCGGGUUGAAAGACGAAGAGAAGAAGAAAGAUGUCCAGCAACUUUCUAAAAACGAGUACGCGAUCCAGUCCCAUGGUUCUCAACUCCUGACUACUCUUCUUUCCAUUCCAGGGCCGACAAAGGGUGUGCAAGAGUCAUUGCUUGCCCUCGAGCCACAGACUCUGGUCCGUCUUGCCACUACGUCCAUGCCUACCGUUACUGUCCUUACCACCGCCAUCGCUACAUCUUCUUCAAAUCCUGCCUUCCACAAGUCCAUCGCCAGUGCCAUACUGCCUCAUACUCACGAACUCGCCAUAUCCCAGUUCGGUCAUAACCUCAUCAAUGCUAUCGUUGAGGUUCCUAGCAAAGGCAAGGAGCGAAGUAUUCCCUUCCAUAUGAAGGAAGCUUUGAUGGCACGCUUGGGUGAUCAUGAGGCGGAGUUGCGUGACAGUUGGAUGGGUAGAAGUGUCUGGCGCAACUGGAAGGGUGAUAUGUGGAAGACCCGCCGUGGAGACUGGAAGUUGUGGAUGAGAGAGGUGGACGCCAAUGUUCCAUCAAGUCUGCCACAGCGUGGAUCAAAGGUUGCAGAAAGGGAGAAGCCACCUGCCAAGCCGGUUCCAGAAGUCGUAGAAGAGCACCCUGACCAAGAGCCUGCCACUGAAGAGCAUAUCACUGAGGGCAACAUGAAGAUGGAUGUAGAUGAUGUCGUGGAGGCAGCAGUUAAUGGUGAGGAGGAGGAGAGCAAGAAGGAGAAGAAAGCUAAGACAAAGAAGAGUAAGAAGGAGAAGAAAGCCAAGAAGGAGAAGAAGGGCAAGAAGAAGAAGAAGGACAAAUCUGUUGAUGCCAAGGCAGAUGAGGAGACUGAGGAGUAA